CUUCAUCCUGCUUCUCCCUCCCUCCCACUCUCGCCUCGUUUUAGUGGCGGCGGCGUGACUGCCUGAGUCAGCUCGCUUUGCCAGUGAGUAAACGCAGCUACUGGAGGUGCCAUAUCCUGCGGAGCAGAAAAACGCGUGUCUGUACGUGUGACUAUGAGUGGACACAGAUGGGAGGGCGACUGAGUCAGAAAGGCGGCCUUCCUCUCAUCGCCAUCCUUCGCUCUCCUGCUGCCAUGGAACUCCGGCAAACGGAAUCGCAGCACAAUCUGCAGGAAGGGAUGAGGUAGGUGUGUAUGUUAUUGUAGGAUGGAUAAUGUGUGCAAGAGAAUGUGGUCGUCAGGCUCCCAGGCCGUGGUGUUCCUUCACACGCUGGCCUUAUCCUGGACAGGUGCUGUUGAACCCGCCCCUAAAAUUGACGGACAUCGUCAGACAGUGAUGACGCUAGGAGAAAAUAUGGUUCACAAGUUCCACUGUCAUUCAGAUGGUUGGCACACACCGACUUUGUUGACCUGGUACCUGAACGGUGAGCGGCAAAGGUCGCACCCUCCUAAAGGAGGUCAGAGGAAGACAGCCCAAAAAGUCUCUGAGGUCACAAGACUGAGAGCCAUUCACAAUAGCACAUUCUCCCUGCGGGCCAGGAAGUGGGACAGAGAGCUGGUGUGUGUGGCAAUGAACCCCAAAUCAGGGGAAAGUUACAAUGCCACAGUCACACUCAAUGUCCAAUUUCAGCCUGAGAUCGUCAGGCUGAGCGCACACUCCAGUGAAACCUCAGAUCCCGGUCUUCUGUUAAGCCUCUUUGCGCUGGUCCAGUCCAACCCGCCAGCAACGUUCACCUUGGCGGAUCAGUCCGGUCUACUGGUGGCUAACAUUUCAGACAUCAUCAUCCUCGACUCGCACGGCUACCCUUGGUUGACCAAUCACACACUGAGGGUCACUCUCAGUAGCCUAUCAGGAAAUAUCUCACUGAAUGCUAGCAACAGUGUGGGCACAACGCAAAGCAACCUCUCGCUGGCAGAGUUCCUGCAGUCUCGUGUGGAAGUGCCAAUGUUGGGAAUUGUAGCUGGAGGGUCCAUGGCCUUCAUGGCUCUUCUCAUCCUCAGCCUGAUAGUCCUUUGCCUCAUGCAAAAAACAACAAUUAAAUCCAUUGACGAGCCAGUGGAGAUUCUGAUGACAACAAAAAGUGACUCAGUCACCCUGAAAGCAGACAGAACUUACAUCCCCAGAGAGAACAUGUCUCUUCCUUCCAAUAUGCAGCUCAAUGACCUCAGUACUUUGAAAAGGGCACGCGAGAUCACCCAGCAAUUCAGUGGGGGGGACAAGAGGACAGAUGAGGAGGAUGAAGAUCUGUCUUUAGCCUAUGCUGCCAGAGGUUUCGCCAGAUAUCCAAUGGUGGGCUACAUCUACAAAGCGAAUAGCACAAGCAGUGAGGAGAUCUGGCUCUGAUGCAACUCAUGAACUAGACAACUGCAUGCAUGAUUAUUUGAACAGAGACCCUACAAUAAGUCACCCAUGUAACUUAACAGUGGUUAAGUUGGUUCAAAAUCUGUCAGUGGAUCAUACGAGGUAUCUUAUGCUUCAACAAUUGUAUUGGAAUAUCGUGUGUGAACUCCUAAACUAAUGUGUUGCCAUCUGUAACCAUUUGCUCGUAGUGUUCUCUUUCCUGCUGUUAUAAACGGAAUGCCUUUAUUCUGCAAUGCACACUCCAGAAUAUUCAAGAUGAUACAGUAUCCUCCAUAAUUAUUGGCACCUACUGGUGUUAAAAGACUUCAAAUUAAUUCAUAUUGUAGAAACAUACAUGCACGUGGGCAAAUCUACAAAUGAAGUUGAUGCAAAAAAUAUUGAUAUAUAAAUUAUAUAGAGCAUACUGUAUAACUAUGUAUAUGUGUAUGCAUAUAAAAGAUGGUACUGAAU